AUGGUGCUGUCAACGCCCCCCAGUGUACCUGUCAACCUGUACCAGACCCCAGGCAGCAACGGCAACGGUGCUGUGAACGGCAACGGUGCUAUUAAUGGCAACGGUUACACCAACGGUGUCAACGGCAACGGUGCUGUUAACGGAAACGGUUACACCAACGGUGUCAACGGCAACGGCGCUGUUAAUGGAAACGGUUACACCAACGGUGUCAACGGCAACGGCGCAGUUAACGGAAACGGUUACUCCAACGGUGUCAACGGCAACGGCGCUGUUAACGGAAACGGCUACUCCAACGGUGUUAACGGCAACGGCGCUGUUAACGGAAAUGGUUACUCCAACGGCCGUGUCAACGGUAACGGCGCCGUUAAUGGAAACGGUUACUCCAACGGCCGCGUCAAUGGAAAUGGCGCCGUUAACGGAAAUGGUUACUCCAAUGGCCGCGUGAACGGCAACGGUUCUGUCAACGGUAAUGGUUAUUCCAACGGUCGCGUCAACGGUAACGGUUACUCCAACGGGCGUGUCAACGGAAACGGUGCUGUGAACGGUAGCGGUUACUCCAACGGCCGCGUCAACGGAAACGGUUACUCAAACGGUCUCGUUAACGGCAAUGGUGCUGUCAACGGCAAUGGUUACACCAAUGGAGUCAGCAGUAAUGGAGUGAACGGCAACGGGUACACUAACGGAGUCAAUGGCAAUGGUGCUGUUAACGGCAAUGGGUACACCAACGGCGUCAACGGUAAUGGAGUUAAUGGCAAUGGUUACACCAACGGAGUCAAUGGCAAUGGUGCUGUUAAUGGCAACGGUUACACCAACGGUGUUAACGGCAACGGAGUGAACGGAAACGGUUACACUAACGGCGUUAACGGUAAUGGCGCUGUCAACGGUAACGGUGCUGUCAACGGCAACGGCAACGGCAACGGGUACUCGUACCAGCCCCCCAGCGUUCCCGUCAACCUGUACCAGACCCCACAAGGCUAA